AAAAAUAGCAUUCGAAGAAGAAAAUGACUAAAAUAACCAUAAUAUUUAUUUUUUAUUUAUUUAAAUCUGAAACCAUAUCCCCAAAAACUCAUCCAUUAACUCUAAACCCUAAGUAUAGAUUAGUUAAUAAAAAUGUAUUUUUAUCUUUUAAUAAAAUUUAUUUUGGUCAUUUUCUUCAUUGAAUGAUAUUUUUGUGAACAUAAACUAAAAAUGGUUAUCAUAAAAAAAUUCUCAUUAAAAUAUGUAUCUUUCAAAUUCUAUGACGCGUACGGAAAUUACGAGAGUAGCUCUUAUCGUAAAAAUAGAAAAAAUGGUGUGUACAAACCUUGGUUGCUCAAAUGGACUCUAAAUUGGAACGGUUGAAAUAGAUACAUGGUGAUCUCGUUAAAAUGACCAGAAAAUCUAUGGUCAACCCUAUCAACUCAAACCCAGACUGGUUAACUCAAAACAAAUUUAACUAAAUUGAACUAACCGGUUAACUUUAAUCCAAAAUCAAUUAAAAAAAAUAAUUUAAUUAAACCAUGAAGUAAACCGGUUAAGCAAGUCACAAGUAGGGAUAGCAGUUGAAAUCGAAAAGCUCUUUUGGUGGUCCUCGUCUUCCCAACUGUCGAUCGAUGCAUCAAGAUUCCUGUCGAUUGUGGCCUUAAAUCGAUUGUCGAACGAUGGCUCAGGCUGGGUGUCGAUCGAUUCUUCAUUGUCUGACUCGUGUUUUGCUCUAGAAUCGCAGCGACAUACUGCUAUGAAACUCGGGUCAUCUCAAAUCUCCACGUAGGACGUUUGUGGCUUCACAAAUCUCACUGGAUCAUAGUCGAUAUUAGGGCCUAUGAGUGUCAGGCACAACUGGUUAGUCUGCAUGUAACAGACUGCUCCUACAGUAGCCAUGAAGGCUCUCACAAGUAAUAGAGAAGAAUUCCAGUUAAGCUUAAUAUCCAGUGUUGAACAAAGUGAUCAAAUAGAGAAGGCUGCAUGAUAAUAGACUGAAGGUUUAAAGAAGCAUAGAAGAAUGGAGAGGAGUUGAAGUCGGGUCGUCCAUACAAAGGAUGGUCGUACAAGUGGCCGUACGAGGCCGAACCAUCCGGGUCGGCGAAAGCAUAUUGAGUCGACCACAAGUUACCCGAUUGAAGUUAACUUGGAGUUUCACCAUUCUUACAUCCGUUCCUGCAUCAGACCAUUGAGAGGAUAAGACCACCUCCAUCGGUAAAACCGAUCAAGGUUUCUAAAAGAAAAACAAAAAUUAAUAUUAUAAUGUAUUUAUCUUUUUGAAGCAGCUGAAAGGUUUUGAGAGUGACAUCUGUUACUUUAUGGUAGAACCCAGUUCUGAAAAUGUCCAAACAAGAACCUUUGAUGCUUCUCUUUCAUAAUUUUCUUAUUUUUUUUUUACUUUUAAUUGUUAGAACCCCUUACUAUCUAUACCGAUGGAGCUGCUCUAAGGCAGGCUGUCAAGAGCUGUAAAGUAAAAGCAACUUUAGCCCUUGGCCAAAGCGUGUGAAGCUCCAUAGCCGUUUAUUUCAAAACGGGAUACUCCUUCCCUUUGACCUCACGUGCUUUUCAUUUAACCUAGCUAGCCUAUGUCAUGUCUAAGCCUCCUAUAUAUUGUAAACUUGUUCAUUAAUUAAAGCAACACGAUUCUGAGAAUCUUUCUCUAAUGUUCAUCACGAAUCUCACAUAUCUUUACACAUAGUUCUCAUACUCUCUUUUUGUCUCUUUUUAAUUUUUCAAUACCUUUCUUAUUCUCUAAAAUCAUAUGGUAUUAGACCGAAGUUAGCUUUGGUAUUUAGUUUCUGAAUGUUUUUCAGCUUCAGUUCAAGAUACAAUCUUUAUUCUUCAUUUUGUUCUAGCAAGACAAGAUGGAGGGAAACCACAAGGUUAUCACGGUUCCGGAAGGGUAGUUAGAACUACCUGUUGUGGUAAAGGCUGGUGAAGACAUCUAUUGGGAGACUAGGGUUCUGGAGUCAUAUCACAGAUGUGGCGCCAAACUAGUGGCCAAGGAAGGAGAAUGAAGUGUAGUUGGUGGAGAUCUAGCUGCGGCCACCGAGAAGAAAUGGAUUCAAGAUGAUCUAAUGGUGCUUUCAUAAAGGUCCCUUGAAGUCCAUCUCUUGGAAGCCUACAACUACUGUGAGAAUCCUAAGCACCUAUGGGAAACACUUCUGAAGACGUUUGGUAACACUACCAAUCUGAGCCGAGUGUUUGAGCUCAAGAGAGCCAUCAACAACCUUGCACAAGAAGAGGAGGAGUUCACCAAGCACUUGGGAAAGUAUAGAUCACUAUGGUCUGAGCUUGAAACCUUGAGGCCAAACACAACAGAUCAAGAGACACUCAUGGAGAGGCAUGAGCAAGAUCAAGUGUUUGGAUUGAUGUUGACAUUGAAUCCGACGUUCAAUGACGUGAUCAAGCACAUACUACGGUCUCCAAACCUUCCAUCUAUGGAGGAGGUAUGUGCAUAGCUACAGAAGGAAGAUGGAUCACUCGGCCUCUUUGGUGGGAAAGGAGACAUGGCGUUAUCCAACAAGGCCGAGACCAUCAAAGCUAACAAAGCUGCUUACCGUGGAGAGGAAAGGAAGUUCAGUGGUAACUGUGAUCAUUGCAAGAAGCCAGGGCACAAGAGGAGUCAAUGUUGGAUCCUACAUCUCCAUCUCAAGCCGGCUAAAUUCAACAAAAAGAGGGAGGGAAGAGCUCAGCUUUCUGCUGAGGCAAGUGAGGCCGGUUCAUCAGUCAUCUGUUCAGGCGGGUGAAAUUGAAGGUAGAGCCUUGGCCUCUCAUCAUCAAGGAGCCGAUAAGAACAUGGAGCAUGAGGUGAUUACGAAGUCUGACAUUGAUGCCCUGAUCAAAGCCCUUAAGGAGUCUGGAUAUUGAGAGCAUUAAGUUGAUUGGGCAAGGAGUAACCAAAGAAGAUCUUUAUCUACUUGAAGACAUUGCCCUUAUUUCUGUUUCUAGUUGUUUGUUGAGUUUUGUUUUAAGUAAGGGUGCAUUAUGGCAUUCUAUGCUAGGACAUCCACAUGUUCAGCCUUGAAUUUAAUGUUACCAGGUGUCAUAUUUAAGAAUAAUGAUUGUGAAACUUGUAUUUUGGGAAAACAUUGUAAGACUGUGUU